AUGUUCAAAAAUCAGUCGCAUCCAAUCGAAUUUGUUUCGAAUCCCACCGUAAUCACCAUGCUUGCGUCUAGAAACUAUGUACAUACGGCACUUCAGCGGUCGGGAAGAAGUUUUGUGAGGUUUUCCAGUACCGGAUUGACCAAAACUGAACUCAAAAAGAACCCAGCUGCCUCACAAGCUCCAAAUAGAGAAACUACUUGGUCGCCCUCUCAAGAAAGUCGUGCUGAUGCCAUCGCUAGAUUCCCAUUUAAGUUUGUCCAAAGAGACUUGGAGCAACAACCAAGACCCUAUGCUGCUAUAGACUUGAUUGCGAAAGAACCAGUACGUUAUUUGUCGGAAGGAAACGUCGCCGUUUGCGAUGGAAAUAGAGGACAAUUGGUCCAAGGACACCCCAAGGUUUUUAUUAAUCUUGACCGUCCAGAAGCCAGUGCUUGUGGCUACUGUGGAUUGAGAUACGCCAAGGAGGAACACAGGGAGGUGAUUGAAGCUAGUGAGAAAUAG